GCAGGAAAGAAUGCGAAAGCCGAGAUAUAAAAACGGAAUUAGUUCAGGAAUUUCAACUUUGACGAGUCCGCUCCGUUUACUCUGUUCAGUAGCAAUAAAUAUUCUUGAACAACGUCUUAUUCUGUUAUGGUAAUUAAUAUUUAAUCACACAUGUUUAAUUGUUUUUGAAUUAUAACCGGUUUAAAAUCGUUGAGUCGAAUUACCUGUCGAUCAACCUUUUAAUGAAACUCCAAAAUAUACUGAAAUUUUUUCAUUUGUGUGUGUGUCAAAAAGACUGUCUCUUUCAUACAAUAAAAACAGUUAAACUGAAAGUUGAAAGUUUAAAGAAAAAUUCCAAGAAGCCGUUCUCGUUAUCUUCGGGUGUAGUACAUACUAAUCUAGGUAUUGAUAUCUCAAAUUUACCUAAUGGACUUAAAAGCUUUAGAACUUUUAAAUUCAGCCUUAACUAUAGAGUAAAAGCAGUCUAUAGAAGGAAUCAGUGCUUUUUCCUUGUGUGAACUUGAUGAUAAUAAGCAAAAAUUUAAUUUGUUCAUCAAUAUGAAGGUGACAGCAGCGUUACUACUGAAAAUCAUUUGCCUCCUACAAGUCUACACUUCAGGACAAAAAAACCAACGAAACCCAUCAGAAAAGCAAACGUUUCCAUCAACAUUCUCAGGUCACGACCCUUUUAAGAGCAACAUUCCAUUAUGGAACAACCAUCAGCCACCCAAACCUACAAAACUCCUGGAUUUCUCCACGGUAACAAAUGACCAAAAUAUACAUAAUAAACAGGUCCAGGGUUCUCCUGAACGAACUCUGAAAGAUAUCCUGGACGGUAUGCAUUCCCAACCAAAAUCCCUCCCUUCAAACUAUCACCAAACAAAUUUUGAGGUUCUGAAUCGUUAUCGAGAAAUGUUGCCUACAAUUAUUCCAUUAAUUUUCGGGUUAAUUCCUCCAAAACGGUGGUCACCUCUGAAGUUUUUCAGACCGAUCCAUACAAGACGACUAAAGAGAUCUGAGGAUUCGAAUGGAAGAAAUUCUAAUAACGAUUUUCUGUUAAGGCAGCUCACGAAAACUGGGUUUUACUUUGGACCAAAAAUCUAUCAAGAAACUGAUCCCAUUAAACGGUUUAGGACUUUCGAAGAAGUUUCCGAGUGGAAAAUGCGGGAAAACGUCAAAUUAUUCGCAGAAUACUUUGACACCAUUCGCAAAUUAGCACAGAAGGAGCGUGAAAACGCAAACGACUUGAUGUUACCGAAAUUUGAAAGAAGAACCAGAUAUUUCAUCCCUGACCCUCCCAAAAAGAAAAUGGAGUUUCAAACUGUAAUAAAAUGGAAGGAAACUCUUUCGAUACCUUUGGGUCUAAGAUACUCGCACUUUAAAAGGGAUUCUUCCCGAGUUAUUUCGACUCGAUCAAAGAGAUCACUUGGGCAUACUUCAAUUUUCCAAUCAGUGUUUGGUCAUCGUAAUGGAAGGACUUUAAAGGAAAAGUUUCUUCAGAGGACCCUACCAUCGAGUGUUUCGUAUUGUGAUCACAAUGAUUUCAAGAGUAUAAGUCCUCAUAAGACUUAUGGUGUACCAAGAGCUGAAUACACUGAUUCGCCUGUUACUAAGGAACCUGCAAAGCAGACAGCUAAACUGAAAGAAAAUGAUCAUUCUUAUAGUUCACAAGGUAUUCCCAAGAGUGAAACUGAAUACCCUUAUUUGUCUAAUUUAAAUAGACAAAAUAAUUCUGGACCUAACAGUGUUCAUGGUGUCUAUGGUGCGCCUCAUUAUCCCUCUCUAUUCGUUCCUACAGAAUCAACAAAACUGAAAUUUCAAGAAACCCAUUUAAAACAAAAUAGCGAUAUUGGUACUUAUAGUGUAUCAGAAAUCACAAAUCCCAUUACUUUCCAGAAAACCAAUUAUAGUCAAAAUUCUGUUUUUUGGCUUGGAGUACCUCUUACACCUUUGUCAGAAAAACAAAACUUCUUUUCACCUGUUCCUGUUAAACCUACAAAACUAGGAACCAAGAAAAAUCAUGCUACAACUACAAGUCUUAAAGUGGCUCACAAGGGUUUAAAGAUUGAUCAGUACUCUUCACCUGCUAAACACAAUAAAAAUAAUAUAAGUGUUUUAAAAGAUGGUUACAAUGGUGCUUUACCUACUACAUUACAAGCAAUUAAUUUGACUCGAGGUGUUUCAAGACUUCACAAUUCUUCAUUGCCUAUUUCUAUCAGUUCUAAAAAAUUAACAUUUAAGGCAGUUAAUAUCAAUAAAAAUAAUGAUUCUAUAAUUAUAAGUUCUCAAGUGAUCUAUGGUGUUCCGAAAACUGAAUAUUCUUCCUCACCUUUUUUUAUAAAUAGUACCCUGCAACCUACUAUAUUAAAGCAGAAUGAUGGGUCAACAUUUUCGGGUCCUCGAGGUACCUAUAGUGUUUCAAGAGGUGAUCAGUUCUUAUUGCCCCCUCCUAGGAAUUUCACAUUACAAGCAAGUAAUUUUGCAUUUACAAAAUUCCAAGAAAUCCAUGACAUUCCCAAAGUUGACCGACAAUCAACAUUUACAAGUCAACAAGAGUUCUAUAGUAUUUCAAAGGCUAAUCGAGACUAUUCGAAAUCUGAUUCUCAUUCUUCAAAACAAGUAGGUGAUUUUCACAAAAAAAGUUAUUCUAUUUCUCAAGAUGUCCAUGGUGCUUCAGAAACUAAUCAUCACUCUUCCUUUCCUGAUUCAUUAAAAUCGGGAAAAUUUCUAUUACAAACAGUUAAUUUGAAAAAUAAUAUUGAUUCUACAUUUACAGGUCUUACAGCUGUCUAUAAUGCAUCAAAAACUGGUCAUCACUUUUCAUUACCUAUUACCAUGAAAUCUGAAAAAUCACAAGCACCUAACUUUAUUCAAAAUAAUAACUCAAAAUUUACAAAUCUUCAGGGCCAUUACAGUACUUCACAGAUUAAUUACCAUUCUUUACCUACGUCUUUAAAACCUUCAAAUAUUUCGGUACAAGAAGCUAAUUUCAAUAAAAACAAUAAUUCCACAGUUACAAUCGUUCAAGAUGUCCAUGGUGUUCCAAAAGCUAAUCAUCCUUCUCUAUUUAGUAUUGCAAAACCUACUUCCUCAGAAAUAACUGAGUUUUAUGAAUCCCCUCAGGAGCAGAAAAAAACAAAUGACAACCAAAUGGAAGAAGGAAUUACCACUAGUUACAGUUAUUUCCUAGAGCCCGCUACAGGUUUCCGUGGUCAAAAUGGAACCUCUUCGAACUACACUUACUCGGUUCAUCAACUAUCAAAUUCAACUUCUACUGGUAGAGUUCCCCAUGAAAAAAUUAAAUUGGAAGCUUCUACUAUUUCUGUAAACAAGAAAGAUUUGAUCCAAGUUAAAGUCGCUUCAAAAGCUCCAAUUAACCAAAAUAUCACAAAAACCAAUACAAUUGUAGUUACCACAGUCUUCUAUGAUGCACUAUCAGUACCAAGAGAGAAGAAACUUUUAGUCUUCAAGCUGACACCAAGUCCUUUGCCUAUUAAAUUAAAAACACAUGAAUUUAAAAAUUAUAGAGCUAUAUUAAACUCAAAUUUUACAGUAGAAAAGAAUGACACCUUAAGUCCUCUUACUCUUCAAAUACCUGAAGGCUUAACUGUGUCAGUACCUUCACAAAACCAAACCAGUGAGUCACAGUCUAAGCCACAAUUAUCUCAGACUAUUUUGGAAGCUAUCCAAUAUAAUUCUCAAUUUAUCCCUGGUGCUGUAAAGGAAAACGAUAACCAAACAAAUGUUGAAGUCAAUAAAAAAUCAGGAGAUUUAAAAGAAACAAAAACAUCCCAGGCAUCUUAUCCUUCUUCAACUAAUGAUAGUGGUACAAGUGGAAAAGUUACAAUUACAAAUUUUAAAUUGAGUAACCGUAUAGAGGAUUCAAAUUUUUUUAAUGCUACUUUACCCAAUUUAAAGGAAACAAGACAGAGAUUCCAGGCAAUCAAUAUCACCAAAAGCGCUAAUAAUUCCAGUUUGGUGUCAGCCAAUAAGGCAGAAGAACCCUCUUCGGUUCAAUUUAUGGAAACCCAUAAUAUUUUGAAUAGCACAAUGCCUGCUCAGCUAAUUAAUCAUUUGAAAGAAAAGCCAAGAAAUUUUAAUAAAGACUUUAAAAGUUUUCAAAAAUCAGAAAAGAUUACAUCCAAUUUGAAUGAAACCAAAGAUUUGAAGACAAUCAGGAACUCUAGCACAAGUGCUGAAAACUUUUCCCUAAAGCAAUUUCUGGAAACCAACUUUAAAGUUCCAAAAAUAAAAAAAGCUUCUGAUUACAAAUCGACUGCCCAACUAAUAAAUUUUUCUAAAGCAAUCAAUAGUGGUUCAACUAAUCUCAACUCAGAGAUGUCCAAACUUCUUAAAUAUCAUAAUUUUGCCCUCACAAAUUCUUCUAACACCACAGGCUCCUCUCAUGAAUCAAUCAAUUUCAAUAUGCGCACAAAUACCUCUAGAUCUGACGAAAUCCUGAAUGUUUCGACUUGGAAGAAACCUCGACAGAACUUGGUGAUUUCCCAACUAAAAACUCCUUUUCCAAUAGAUUUUCCACCACCUCUUAAAACCGCAACGUUUAAAGAUUCAGUUGUAUAUGCAGUUAACAAAAGUAUGUCUUCAGAAGAACCUGGACCUGUAGCUUCAACAAUAUUAAAUAAGGUCAAGUUAAGAGAAGAUUUUAGUGCUGUAAAUGUUAGGAAAAAUUCCACCAAUUUAUAUAAUAAUAAUAGUAAUAGAAGUAGGUUUAUAUUUAAAAGUAGACAGCCAACUGUAAAUAGUACUUUGACAACCUUCAAAGGGUCUAAUACCAAUGGAGAAAAUACUUCAUUCAGUCAAAUGAUUGAUUCCAAGACUACUAAUGAGUUAGGUUCUAAAAUGAAUGAUGUUACCAAGAAUAUUCAACCUAAUGGUAAAAAGGUUCUGGUGAAGGUGGUGAAAAGACCUUUAAAUGGCACGAAGGAGAUUGUGACGCGUUGGUGGAAUAAUAACAGGGCAGAUGAGGUUGAAGUAGUUUAAUUAAGUAAUUAAGAUUUUUAUGUUGUAUUAUGACACUCUGUGUAUAUGUGUAAUAGAUCAGUAAAUGUUGUCUAAUGAA